ACACUGCCGGAACAACAGCAACAAUAGCCACACAACAGCAACAGCAGCAUCAAAUCAGUAAGAGGAAGUCGAAACAGAACAGAACAGAAAGAAAAGAACAGAACAGAGGGAAAGAAAAGCGAAAGCGAAAGCCAAAAGCCAAAAUUGUAAAUGCUCCGUGUAAACACUUGAAAGCUCGUUAGGAUAAUACAUCCUGUGUCUGCCACCACACACACACACACACACACACGCACACACACAAAUAAACGAGAAAGGGACAUCGGUAGAGGGCACAAAGGGCAUCUCCUUGUGUCACCAUGCGCCGCCAACAGUGUCUGAGUAGCCGCCAUCAGGACAAGCAGCAGCACCUCAGCCAGUACUACCAGCACAGCCACAGCUGCACCCACACUCACAGAGCCACACAGCAGGUACAGGACGAGUGCCCUUUUCAGGCCAUUGCCAUUGCAUAGUCGCGCUUCCGUUUCCGUCUGCUCACUCGCUUGCCUCAUUUCCGCUGCGGCUGCAAUUAAGCGAACAACCCCGAAAAGUAUCAGCAAAAUGGCGCGCGAGACCAAAUUUAACGAUGCACUCGACUACAUUUACAUAGCCAAUACCAUGAAUGAUAACGCCUAUCUCAUAGCGGAGCCCCAGCCCGAUCUCCCCGAUGACGACCACGACAAGGACGAUGAUGAAGAGGAGCAGGAGGCAGAGGAUACGAACAAUAACAAGCAGAGAAAGCAUUACUAUGGCUCUGGGCCUGAAAAGAGAAAACAUUUCCGGAGCUCCCUAGCGCUGAGUGCAACUACCACCGACCCUACCACCGGCCCUACCUCACCCCUGACCACAGCCGCACUAGCCGCAGCGGCAGCGAGUGCCUCAGUGGCCGCCGCAGCAGCCAGGAUCACAGCCAAGGCUGCCCACCGAGCUCUGACCACCGCAGGAGGAUCGAGCAAUGGCAAAGAGGUGGCGUUGGCGACGGCGACGGCGACAGCGACAGCGACGGCGACGACGCUCCAGCUUAUCGAUCUGGACAACAAUUAUACGAAUGUGGCCGUGGGCCUGGGGGCGAUGCUGCUCAAUGAAACACUCCUUCUGGAGGGCAGCAACAACGACUCAAUGCUGGGCAUCUUCGGUGACAUGGGGAAUCGGAGCGGGCAACUGGAUAUGGCCAAUGGCAGUGCGGGGAUCAAUGUGACGACCAGCGAAGUGGCAGAAGAUGAUUUCACGCAUCUGCUGCGGAUGGCAGUAACCUCGGUGCUGCUUGGCCUGAUGAUACUGGUCACCAUCAUUGGCAAUGUGUUUGUUAUAGCCGCCAUCAUAUUGGAGCGAAAUCUGCAGAACGUGGCCAAUUAUCUGGUGGCCUCGCUGGCCGUGGCCGAUCUGUUUGUGGCCUGCCUGGUGAUGCCCCUUGGAGCCGUUUACGAGAUCAGCCAGGGCUGGAUACUCGGCCCGGAGCUGUGCGAUAUCUGGACCUCCUGCGACGUCCUCUGCUGCACUGCCUCCAUUCUGCACUUGGUGGCCAUUGCCGUGGAUCGCUAUUGGGCGGUGACCAACAUUGACUACAUCCAUUCGAGGACCAGCAACCGGGUCUUCAUGAUGAUCUUCUGUGUGUGGACGGCGUCGGUGAUUGUCUCGCUGGCGCCGCAGUUCGGCUGGAAGGAUCCGGACUAUCUGCAGCGCAUCGAGCAGCAGAAGUGCAUGGUCUCGCAGGAUGUCUCCUAUCAGGUCUUUGCCACCUGUUGCACGUUCUAUGUGCCGCUGCUUGUUAUCCUGGCGCUUUAUUGGAAAAUCUAUCAAACGGCCCGCAAACGCAUUCAUCGUCGCCGACCGCGUCCGGUCGAGACGGCCGUCAAUAAUAAUCAGCCGGAUGGAGGUGCGGCAAGCGAUACAAAACUUAAUCGACUGCGUCUACGCCUUGGAAGAUUCUCAACGGGCAAGACCAAGGGCGGAAACCUAGCCGGAGGAGCUGGAGGAGGGGCGGCAGCAGCAGCAGCAGCGGCAGGAGGCGGUGGUGGGGGCUCCACUGGCACGGCCCUGUGCCUGGUCGAAGGCAACUCAACAAAUACGGUCAACACUGUGGAGGACACCGAGUUCAGUAGCUCGAAUGUGGAUAGCAAGAGUCGUGCUGGCGUCGAGGCACCCAGCACAUCGGGCAACCAGAUAGCCACCGUCUCCCACCUGGUGGCCCUGGCCAAGCAGCAGGGCCAGGCGGCAACAAAGUCGGUGGCAACCAAUGGCGCUGUAGAGAUUGGCAACGGAAAGCAGGAGGCAGCAGCCACAACCGCAACAUCAGCAACGCCGGCGGUGGCCACGGGCACAGCAUCAGCAGCAGCGUUAGCAGCAGCAUCGCCCACAGAGGAUGGGGAGGACAGCGCACUGGGCAAGGCGAAUGGCUCUGGGGUUGCCGUGGAGGUGCUUGAGGAUCCGCAACUGCAACAGCAGCUGGAACAGGUGCAGCAGAUACAAAAAACUGCCAAAUCCGGUGGCGGUGGGGCCAGCACUUCGAAUGCCACCACGAUUACAUCGAUAUCGGCACUCUCCCCGCAGACACCCACUUCGCCGACAGGGGGUGAGGGCGGCCCAGUGGCACCGCAGGCCGCCGGUCCGAUGACGGCAAGAACCAGUACGCUGACAAGCUGCAACCAGGAACAUCCGCUGUGCGUCUCUACCAGCUCCAUACCCGUGACGCCCGAGCCGCGAUCCAAGCAGCACCCAGGCUCGGCCGCAGCCGGAGCACCCCAUCCGACGGCGUCCCAUCAGCAGCUGUCGAGCAUUGCCAAUCCCAUGCAGAAGGUGAACAAGCGCAAGGAGACGUUGGAGGCGAAGCGCGAACGGAAGGCGGCCAAAACACUGGCCAUCAUCACGGGCGCAUUCGUGGUCUGCUGGCUGCCCUUCUUCGUGAUGGCCCUGACGAUGCCACUGUGCGACGCCUGCCAGAUCAGCGACAGCGUGGCCUCGCUCUUCCUCUGGCUGGGCUACUUCAACUCCACCCUGAAUCCGGUUAUCUACACCAUCUUCAGCCCGGAGUUCCGGCAAGCUUUCAAGCGCAUUCUAUUCGGCGGACACCGACCAGUCCACUAUCGCAGUGGGAAGCUUUAG